AUGACAGAUCACGUGAACCUAAUCCAAGUUCUAGUUUCACGGAAAAGACUGAUUGUCCCAAUUACGUUUUAUUUAGCAAAAACUAUUUCCGAAUGGCUCUUUAAUGUUAGACUUGUGAACGGAUCAAAUUCAAGAGAAGGAAGAGUUGAAGUUUAUUAUAAUGGUGAAUGGGGAACUGUAUGUGAUGAUAGAUGGGAUGAAAAUGAUGCCUCAGUUGUAUGUCGACACUUGGGUUACAAUAUGUCACAGACAAACGCCAUACCGAAAACAAGAGCUACAUUUGGUAAAGGAACCGGGAAAAUAUGGUUAGAUGACGUGGGUUGUAAUGGAACAGAAUUACAUCUAGGUAGAUGUCAACAUCCUGGUCUUGGUAAUGAAAACUGUGGUCAUAAUGAAGAUGCUGGAGUGAUAUGUGAAGCAACAACUUUUAAUGUGAGACUUGUGAACGGAUCAAAUUCAAGAGAAGGAAGAGUUGAAGUUUAUUAUAAUGGUGAAUGGGGAACUGUAUGUGAUGAUGGUUGGGAUGAAAAUGAUGCCUCAGUUGUAUGUCAACAAUUAGGUUAUAAUAUGUCAGAGACAAACGCUAUACCUAAAACAAAAGCCUUCUUUGGUCAAGGAACAGGGAAAAUAUGGUUAGAUAACGUGGGUUGUACAGGAACCGAAUCAACUCUAGGUAGAUGUAAACAUCCUGGUCUUGGUAAUGAAAACUGUGGUCAUAAUGAAGAUGCUGGAGUGAUAUGUGAA